AUGGCUCCCAGUGUCAUUGUUGUUGGUGGCGGCCUCUCUGGCUUGAGUGCCGCCCAUACCAUCUACCUGGCUGGUGGCAACGUUGUUGUCCUCGAUAAGCAGGGUUUCUUUGGAGGCAACUCCACAAAGGCCACAUCCGGUAUCAACGGCGCCUUGACCAGAACCCAAGUCGAGCACAACAUUGGAGACAGCGUCAAGCAGUUCUACGAUGAUACCCUCAAAUCGGCCCGUGACAAGGCUCGCCCCGACCUCAUCAAAGUUCUCACAUACAAAUCCGCCGCUGCCGUUGAGUGGCUGCAGGAUGUCUUUGACCUUGAUCUGACCCUGGUGUCCCGUCUCGGUGGCCACUCCCAACCCCGAACCCACCGUGGUCACGAUGCCAAGUUCCCCGGCAUGGCCAUCACCUACGCUCUCAUGCAGCGCAUCGAGGAGCUUGCCGAGAAGGAGCCCCACCGAGUCCGGAUCAUCAAGAAGGCCCGCGUUACCUCGCUGAACAAGCAAGCUAACAAGGUCACCGGUGUCACCUACGAACUGGACGGCAAGUCCGCCUCCGUCGAUGGCCCCGUUGUUCUCGCCACCGGCGGUUACGCCGCCGACUUUGGCGAGACGUCCCUGCUGCAGAAGCAUCGCCCAGACACCAUGGGCCUCGCCACCACAAACGGCACCCACGCCACCGGUGACGGUCAGAAGAUGGUCAUGGCCAUUGGUGGCAACGGCAUCGACAUGGACAAGGUCCAGGUCCAUCCCACUGGUCUGGUCGACCCCAAGGAUCCCGGAUCCAAGUGGAAGUUCCUGGCUGCCGAGGCUCUCCGAGGCGAAGGCGGCAUCCUCCUCAAUGGCGACGGCGACCGAUUCUGCGACGAGCUCGGCCACCGCGACUACGUCUCGGGCAUGAUGUGGAAGGAGAAGGACAAGAACAAGUUCCCCAUCCGUCUUGUUCUCAACUCCAAGGCGUCCAAGACGCUCGACUUCCACACCCGCCACUAUUCCGGCCGCGGCCUCAUGCGCAAGAUGACGGGUAAGGAGCUGGCCAAGGAGAUUGGCUGCAGCCCCGACCACCUGCAAAAGACUUUCCAGACCUACAACGCCAUUGCCGAGGGCAAGCAGAAGGACCCGUGGGGCAAGAAGUUCUUCCACAACAUGCCCCUCGACGUCAACGACGACUUCCACGUCGCCCUCAUGGAGCCCGUCCUCCACUUCACCAUGGGCGGAAUCGAGAUCAACGACAAGGCCCAGGUCCUCAACCAGGACAAGAAGCCCUUUGACGGGCUCUUUGCCUGCGGUGAGCUGGCCGGAGGUGUUCACGGCGCCAACCGUCUCGGCGGCUCCUCCUUGCUUGGCUGUGUCGUCUACGGCCGGGUUGCCGGUGACUCGGCCAGCAACUACCUGUUCCAGCAGGCUCUGUCGGGAAGCGCCGCCGGUGCCGCUCAGCGUCUCGGCCAGAUCUCUCUUCACCUCGAUCCCUCCGCGCCCGGCAAGCUGACGGUCGAGUGGGCCAACAGCAGCGGCUCAGGCUCAGGCUCCGGAGCCGCUGCCGUCCAGCAGUCCAGCGCCGCUCCCGCCGCCGCCGCCGCCACCGGUGAGUCCGCCGCCAAAGCCUCCGAGGCCUUCAAGAUUCCCGAGACGGAGUACACCAUGGAGGAGGUCGCUAAACAUAACAAGGAGGGAGACCUGUGGGUGGUAGUUAAGGGCGUGGUCAUGGACCUCAGCAACUGGCUCGACGAGCACCCAGGCGGGCCUCAGGCCAUCAAAAACUUCAUGGGGCGCGAUGCCACGGAGGAGUUUGAGAUGUUGCACGACGAUGAGGUCAUCCCCAAGUACGCUCCCAACCAGGUCAUUGGCCGUGUCAAGGGCGUUGAACCCAGCCUCGAGAUUUAA